GCUUGAUGUCGGCACAAGAGAGAUCACCCGCACAAAGGCAGGUGAUAGCGCCGUAUGUAAACCCUUACGCAGAAAUAGAGCACGAAAUCUCGAACCUUCCGGGUGCACGAGACGGACAUCCGGCCGCUAACGCAGACCUACUUGUUCAACGUACGAACGACUCUCGUAACGACUCCUACAAGAAAACAUAUGAAGAUCAAAGCAUUGUCGAACAAAUUUCACCAGGAGGUCCCUGUACAACUAAUACUGGUGCAACGACGGUUGACGCUGGCAGCACCUCUGUUGACCGUGAAAGUUCAUCGAGAACAAAAGGGCAUGCGCGGGAACUAGAUGAACAUGAAAAACGAGCUUUUGUAGUUGACGUCAGAAAUGAGGCCACAAUGACAAAGCGAGAGCCGCGGCACAAUUUGCACUAUAAUGUUGGAAGCGGU